AUGUCAUUCCUCACAUCCAUCCGUGCCUCCUCCCGCCAAGCUAUCCGGACCAACUUCGCCGUGCCAGCUUCUACGUUCCAUUCCUCAGCAGUCCGGAGCUUGAAAGAGGAUGACAAGAACCGCGACGACCUCUCCAGCCACUACGAAUCCCAUAAACGAGAAGUCAUCAAGGAAACUGUGGAGGGCAAGGGGAAGUGGAAGUCCGAGCUGGCUAGUAACAGCGAGGCCGGGGUCAAAGCGGAUCGCGGCGAGUUAGAUGGUGAUGCCGAAUUCCAGAAGAUGCAGGAGAGAACGAAAAAUGUUGGGAGCUCGAAGUACAAUAAACAAUAA